UUUCAUUCCUCCCCUUUUUUACUCUUGCGCCUUUAAUCCUCGUUCCCCCCCGAUUGAUCAUUAAUUGAUUUUGACUAUAUCCUCACCCUCAUCUUCCUCAUCUUUUCCAUCUACCGUUCGCUGUCGUCUCUUCCUCCUUCUUCCCGCCCGCCAUUGACCCGUGAAACUGGCCUGUCUACGGAUGAACGGAAUUUACUGAAUCACACUUCGCAUAAUGGCUGACAUUGCUGUAUCAACAACAUCCCCUCCGGCGUCGUUUGAGGCGGAUCCCAAGACGAAGAGGAAAGCCUCGACGGCCGGCCUGCCCGCCAAUUCCCGUCCUGUAAAACGGCGGGCGUCGAAGGCGUGCUGUUGCUGCCGCGCGCGCAAAGUGCGGUGUGAUGUGGUCGAAAACGGAUCGCCCUGUACGAAUUGCCGGCUAGACCAAGUAGAGUGCAUCGUCACUGAAAGCAAGAGGAGAAAGAAAUCACGCGUUGAGGUUGACAAUGUAAACCCUCAUCGGCUGUCCCAGUCGCCUGCAGAGAUCCCAGACGACGGGGCAAGCCUGUUCAGGAGGCUGAGCGAGUGCCAUGGGCUUCCCGAUAUGGUCCCCGCCUCUCCAUCGCAGCAUUCAAUUGAUCUGGAGCAAGGGCAGCACAUGCCGCAUCUUUUAUAUCAGAGCCAGGUGAACAGGAUUGGAUCGGGGGACCGCUACCAUCGAAGAAUGGCUCCCACUCCUACCGUGCCAGCGACUCUCCCGUUGCACCAUGUGACCUCGCAGAUCCAACAGCUGUUGGAUCCUUCCUUCGCCAGUGCCAGAUCCGGUGGGGUCUCCCUACCGGACUACAUUCGCGGGUUGCCGCCUCGCCUACAGAAGGAGGACAUUGACUAUUUGUCCAUGAAGGGGGCGUUGACCGUUCCCGACGUUGGACUGCGGAACGAAUUGCUGAAGAGCUAUCUCCACUACGUGCACACGUAUAUGCCCCUUCUUGACCUGGAGGACUUCCUGCAGACGAUUGUUCAGAACGAUGGCACCCGUCGCAUGAGCCUACUAUUGUUUCAAGCCGUGAUGUUUGCCGGCACUGCUUUUAUCGACCUAAAACAUCUACACGCGGCCGGUUAUCCGACCCGAAAGGCUGCGCGAAAAGCAUUCUUUCAACGUGCCAGACUUCUCUACGACUUCGACUAUGAAGUCGACCGCAUCUCGCUCGUUCAAUCCUUGUUACUCAUGACCUAUUGGUAUGAGACGCCCGAUGAUCAGAAGGACACCUGGCAUUGGAUGGGCGUGAGUUUGUCCCUGGCACAUACCAUCGGCUUGCAUCGCGACCCUGGAAAUUCCCGUAUGGAUCUUCGGCGCCAGCGGAUGUGGAAACGGAUCUGGUGGAGCACAUAUACCCGUGACCGUCUGAUCGCCUUGGGAAUGAGACGUCCGAUGCGCGUCAAAGACGACGACUGCGAUGUCCCUAUGUUAACCCUGGACGACUUUGAGUUCCGCCCAUUUUCACCGGAGAUCGUCAGCAUCGUCGGGAAUUCUGAGAUUCUCCAAAGCGUGAGCUACCAGAAAGAACUCGCCUUGAUGUUCAUUGAGAAGGCGAAGCUCUGUCUCUGCGUUAGCCAUGUUCUAUCCGCUCAGUACUCGGUCCUGAGUCAUAAGUUUGGCGGUACAAUGGAGACGACCAUGAUGUUGGUGCCCAAAAAAUCGGCGGCGGAGACCUUUGAAGUUCGCCGUUGCGAUCAAGAGCUGGAAGACUGGCGGGCCCAUCUUCCGGCGGAGAUUCGAUACGCUCCCGCUGCGCCAUCCAAGUUGACUGAGGCGCAAGAAGUCCUUCACUCCCACCGCGCGCUUCUCAAAAUGGUCUAUUUGACUACGUCAAGCGCGCUCCAUCGGCCCCAGGUCCUCCCAGCUAUACCGCUUCCGUCAAUGGACGCGGAACUGCAAGAAAUAUCGAGGAACAAGGUGCGGUUUGCGGCAAUCGAGAUCACGAAUAUUGCGCAGGACCUACAUAGUUUGAAUCUGACCCGAUAUUUCCCUACGACCGGUGUCACAGUGCUACUCCCCGCGGUCAUUAUUCAUCUCCUUGACAUCAAGUCCAGCGAUGCCACCAUCCGGAUGACCAGCCUGCAACGGUUUUACCAGUGCAUGCGAAUUCUGCAGCGCCUAAGAGAGAUCUAUGCGUCGGCAGACUUCGCGACGUCAUUCCUGGAGGCUGCCAUCCGGAAGGCCGGCAUCCAACUCACGGUGGCACCACAGGAUGUGCAAGCACGGGCUAGCAGCACUCUCGAUGCGACAGCGCGUGUCAGCACCCUGACCCCGCCUCCCGACUCGCUGGCACAGAAAAUCCCGGAUCUGACAUAUCCGAAAUCUGACGGGGCAGGCAUUGCUGGGCAGCUUGCCGAGGGAAGCGGCGGACCUCUGUUCGCAUCAACGCCACCACCCUCGGACGGUAGCGAGAACGGGAGUACCAGUAACGUGAACUCGAGCUAUCACCAGGAUGCGUUCACUAUCCCCAACUUCGAUCCAGAGCUGAGCAUAAGCCAGCUGAUGGACCUGGCGAACGAUGCCGAGGUGACACAGAACGACUUCGACGCCCUGAUCAACUUUGAUGAUGCCGGCGCCGACUUCUUGACGGGCGAUGACGGUCUGGGCUCGAAUGGGAAUGCCAAUGGGAAAAGCUAUGGCUUUGGGAUGAGUGCCAUGGGCAGUCUAUCCGACAUGAUGGGGUUUGAUACGGAGAGCAAGGGGGUUACCUUGUCUGGCCUGGGAGACGGUCAGCUGGCCGACGAUCGCAGCGCGGCACCACAGACCGAGACGAAUGCCAUCACGGCAGACCUUGAUGCGGAGCUUGGAUUAAACCUAUAAGGAGGGGGCUGACUUCUCCUUGGACUUGUCUCCGCUGUCUGUGUGUUUGUUGCGGGGCAAUCUGUCUAGUUUCUUUCACAUUCUGGGAGCAUCAAAGGGAAAGGUGCCUGGCGUUUUGAACUAUUUUGGAUGGGGGGUUCAUGCACGCAUGUACCUGGUACAUACGCAUUCCCACUGCACUGCAUCUGCAUCAUCUGUACAGAGUCGAAAGUAGCUAGGUAAACUAGACUAUACGACAUGAAGAAAUGAAUGACCUGACUGAUCACACAACCGUUUCCACC